CAGAAACACACCAAACAAUCAAUCCAUGGGAAGAAUUAGGAACAGAGCGAAGCUGCUUACGAUGAUUCUGUCUUUUGCCCUCUUAUUACUAUUUUGCCCUCCGGCCGCCGCCGGAAGAGAAGACGGCGCGAGCGCAGCGGUGGUGGAGGCGGCCCGGGAAAGGCGGCACCCCGUCGUAGAGGCGGCAAUGGCCCUGUUCUCUCUCCCCACGGCCUUCCCCCGCGCCCCUUCUUACUGGCUCAAGCUCUCGUCUUUCUUCAAACAGGGAAUGGGUUUCUUCUUCACUGCCCCCGAUCUGGACUUCAGGGGAAGUGGGGGAGUGCCGAUAGGGGCAGAGAAAGAAGGAACGGCCGGGGAAAAGGUGAGAGAAGCGGUGGUGAAGAGCAAAGCAGCCAUGGAAGACUCUGCAAAGUCUGCAGCGAAGUUGGCCGGGGAGGCGGUGGACAUGGCCGCCAAGAAUUUGAAGAUGACACUGUCAAGAACAUCAUCCCACCAAGAUGAUGAUGAUGAUGAUGAUGAGCUCUGAAUCUGUGAUAUAUUUAUGUACUUGCCAGAUUAUACACACUCUUGCCGUAAUCCAAGAAAAUAAAAAUAUACAGAUUUU